GUCACCGUGCGUCGGCGUCAGUUCGGCCGGGCUUGGGCGCUUCCGGAACGCCGCUGCCGGGACGGCCGCGCCCGCCGCCUCUCCUGCCGCCGCGCCUCCCCGGCUUUGAGGAGGCCUCCAGGCAGCCGCGCAGCUUCCGCGAUUUACAAAAGACCCUGAAGAGUCUUUUUCUUCCUAUUUUUUUCUCUGGCAGUAAUAAAUUCCAUUAUGAAGACACUGCAUCUUUAUAAAGGGAUAUAGUUUGAAUUCUGUGGAGUGUAAUUUUGUGUAUGAAUUAUAUCUUUAAAAUAUUGAAGAGUUUUCUUAAAUAUCUUAAAAUAUUGAAGAGUUUUCAGAAAGAGGUCUAGGAGAGUUAAUUACUGGGUCAUUAUGCUAAGCAGCAAUUCUGUUGGUAAUACAGUAUUUUGUUAGGCAUUUUUAAUAACACUAGAAAGGACAACCUGUAUCUUUUGAGAAAACUCAUCUUUAAAUUACAGCAUGACUGAUAUUAAAGCUGAAUGGUCCUUAAAUGAAGAACAGAUUAUUUAAUUUUUAAAUGCAGUGUAAAAGGUAUGUGCUGUGGAAAUCUUACGGUUAACAAGUUGAUGGAGAAAAUGCCUUCAGUUGAUCAAGUAUUAAAAAAGUGGUAUACAGAGUGAGAGAGACUAAAUAAUUUUGCUGCAGGAAAUGGAAACAAACAUUUAACAAAGAUGAAAGAGUCUACAGUUUAUAAACUUUAAGCAAAAUUCAUUUGACAUCGUACACACCAUAACAGGCACAGGUUCAACAAAGGUGGAUGUUACCUUCCUCAGAAGUUAAAUGAAGCUAAUAUUAAGCCUCUUAAGUAAAUACUAUGAUGAUAAGCUGUGUGAAAUUAGCUUUUAGAUAGUAUGACCGUAUGUGGGGAGGAUGUUGUAUUAAAGUGUUUAUAGGGAAAGAAGUCUGCAUGUAAUUUUAUACUCUUGUGGCAUAAUCAGUAAUUGGCCUGAUACCAAGGUUUCAUAUCUGGUACACUAAAGGCAUAAUUUAGGUAUUCUAUAGUUGUUUAGAAUUUGCGAAUAUGGACCUUGAAAAAUCAAGGUGUUUCAGAAGGGCAUCAACAUAUUCAGGCCUUUAGGUUAAUAUGCCAAAUUAUGAGCAAAUAGCACUUGAAUUACCUAAAGGUUUAUUAUAAUCCCAAAGAGGUCUAAGUAGUAUCUUGGUAAUUGAGGAGAGAUUUUCAUUCUACCUGCAUGUAAACACAGAUGUAAAUCCAGUGAAGAAGGUGUGGUGAAUUCUGUAUAAGUAAGAUUGUAUCACUUAAUUCUCUUUUUGUGGUAAAAAUCUAAUUUAGUGUGAAGAGACAAAUUUCAUGUGAAGGUGUUUUUAGCCAUCAAGCAGUACUAUCACCUACUCAUGCACAAAACUACCUCCCAAAGACUUGUCCUACGUCCCUUACCUCAGAAAAUUAGGAGUAAAAUGGAAGAUAGCCCAAUCUUGUCAAAUUGGACAAAUGACAACAAACAAAGGAUGAAGUAUGACUUUUCAUGUGAACUGUACAGAAUGUCUACAUAUUCGACUUUCCCCGCCGGUGUUCCUGUCUCAGAAAGGAGUCUUGCUCGAGCUGGUUUUUAUUACACGGGUGUGAAUGACAAGGUCAAAUGCUUCUGUUGCGGCCUGAUGCUGGAUAACUGGAAACAAGGAGACAAUCCUAUUGAAAAGCAUAAACAGCUAUAUCCUAGCUGUAGCUUUAUUCAGAAUCUGGUUUCAGCUAGUCUGGGAUCCACCUCGAAGAACAUUUCUCCAGUGAGAAGCAGUUUUGCACAUUCAUUGUCUCCCACUUUGGAACAUGGUGGCUCGUUCAGUGGUUCUUAUCCCAGCCUUUCGCCAAACCCUCUCAAUUCUAGAGCAGUCGAAGACUUCUCUCCAUUGAGGACUAACCCCUACAGUUAUGCAAUGAGUACUGAAGAAGCCAGAUUUCUUACUUACCGUAUGUGGCCAUUAACCUUUCUGUCACCAUCAGAAUUGGCAAGAGCUGGUUUUUAUUAUAUAGGACCCGGAGAUAGGGUAGCCUGCUUUGCUUGUGGUGGGAAGCUGAGUAACUGGGAACCAAAGGAUGAUGCUAUGUCAGAACACCGGAGACAUUUUCCCAACUGUCCAUUUUUGGAAAAUUCUCUGGAAACUCUGAGGUUUAGUAUUUCAAAUCUGAGCAUGCAGACAUAUGCAGCUCGAAUGAGAACAUUUAUGUACUGGCCAUCUAGUGUUCCAGUUCAGCCUGAGCAGCUUGCAAGUGCCGGUUUUUAUUAUGUGGGUCGCAAUGAUGAUGUCAAAUGCUUUUGUUGUGAUGGUGGCUUGAGGUGUUGGGAAUUUGGAGAUGAUCCAUGGGUAGAACAUGCCAAGUGGUUUCCAAGGUGUGAGUUCUUGAUACGCAUGAAAGGGCAAGGGUUUGUUGAUGAGAUUCAAGGUCGAUAUCCUCAUCUUCUUGAACAGCUAUUGUCAACUUCAGAUACUCCUGGAGAUGAAAAUGCUGAUCCACCAAUUGUUCAUUUUGGAUCUGGAGAAAGUUCUUCAGAAGACGCAGUCAUGAUGAAUACACCUGUGGUUAAAUCUGCCUUGGAGAUGGGCUUUAGUAGAAGCCUGGUAAAACAGACAGUUCAGAGCAAAAUCCUAACUACUGGGGAAAACUACAAAACAGUAAAUGAUAUUGUAUCAGCACUUCUUAAUGCUGAAGAUGAAAAAAGAGAAGAGGAAAAGGAAAGACAAGCUGAAGAAAUGGCAUCAGAUGACUUGUCAUUAAUUCGGAAGAACAGAAUGGCUCUCUUUCAGCGGUUGACGUGUGUGCUUCCUAUCCUGGAUAAUCUUUUAAAGGCCAAUGUAAUUAAUAAACAAGAACAUGAUAUUAUUAAACAAAAAACACAGAUACCUUUACAAGCAAGAGAACUGAUUGAUACCGUUUUAGUGAAAGGAAAUGAUGCAGCCAGUAUCUUCAAAAACUGUCUAAAGGAAAUCGACUCUACGUUAUAUAAGGACUUAUUUGUGGAUAAGAAUAUGAAGUAUAUUCCAACAGAAGAUGUUUCAGGUCUGUCACUGGAAGAACAAUUGAGGAGGUUACAAGAAGAAAGAACUUGUAAAGUGUGUAUGGACAAAGAGGUUUCCAUUGUAUUUAUUCCUUGUGGUCAUCUGGUAGUGUGCCAGGAAUGUGCCCCUUCUCUAAGGAAAUGCCCCAUCUGCAGGGGGAUAAUCAAGGGCACUGUUCGCACAUUUCUCUCAUAAAAGAAAAAAAUAGGCUGUAUCUUAACUUAUAUAGAAAACUCUUUAAAAUAUUGUUGAACAUGUAAUGCUAUUUGAAUGAAUCAUUGGUUCUUCAAUUAGUAACAUUUGUGUUGUAAUCUGCUUUGGUACUAAUAAUCUUAUUUCCAAAAAGGUAGUUUAUUUCACAUUUAAUCUUAACCUAUGUAUUUACAAGGGAGGAUUUAUGUUUGAUGAGCUUUACAAGUAUAUAUUGUUAUCUAUCACUUUAGGUUUUACUGAAUUUGGUAUUCUUUCUGAAAGCUUUAACUACCACUGCCACAAGGUAGUAUAGAUUAAAAGAACUGGAAACAAGAAACUCUGGGGAGUUCAGAGUUACUAUACCAAAUUCUUUUUGGUGCUUUUCACAUGUGUUAUAAAAUAAGGAUUUUUCUCUUCCUAGUAGAUAAGUUCCCCUAUUCUCCCUUAGUUUGUGAAAAACAUCUUAAUAAAGUACUUUAAAAAGGUUUUUCUAUCAAAAUGUUUUUUCUGUCCUGAUUUAAAAAGUAAUUUUCUUGUGUCUUCAUUGUACUUUACUCAAAUGCUAGCUAUUAAGAGCUGAAUUCAUGAAACAAAUUACUAAGAAAUAUUUUUGGACUGGGCGCAGUGGCUCACACCUGUAAUUGUAGCAGUCUGGGAGACUGACGUGGGUGUAUUGCUUGACCUCAGGAGUUCAGACCAGCCCGAGUAAGAGCAAGAGCUGGUCUCUACUAAAAACAGAAAAAUCAGCCAGGCAUGGCAGUGCACAUCUCUAAGUCCCAGCUACUUGGGAGGCUGAGGCAUGAGGAUCACUUGAGCCCAAGAGCCUAAGAUUGCUGUGAGCCAGGAUGACGCCACAGCACUCUACCCAGGGCAACAGAUUUAAGACUCUGUCUCAAAAAAAAAUACAUAUUUUUAAUGUGAUUUAUGAAAAUUCCUUUAGGUGAUAGUCUCGUUGCUUUGUAUUUUAUAGAUAUAAUAGUAUUUGAUGAAAAAUGGAUGAGUUUCAAAAAACUUUUAAUAAAUUUGGAUAAAUUGGUAUUAGGAUUUUCAGAAAAUGGCGUAAUGGCCUUGUUGUGUGGGUGCUGAGGAGGUGUGAGGUACAGGCAGUGGUAAGUGCCUUCUUCGGGACCCAGUCAUACUUGACCUUUUCCCAGAUCUGCAUCUGUGGCAGAAUUCUCAGGCCAGGUGGACUAGAACGUCUAAUAGAAAAAAGUGUGCAUUUUUCUUUUUACUUGAUAACCCUUUAAAUACUGAACACACUGGGAAGGGCAGCUGAGAAUUUCUCCAUUCUCCAGUCUGUUCUCUUCUAUUUGAGGCAGGAUACACCCUAAUGUGCUGACGCAUGAUCCAUGUGUGCAAGUCCGAAUACGGUUUCAAGACUCGAGAAAAUCUCUCUCCCUGCCGUUACAGAGGGAAUGUAAAAGAAAUUUUUUUGCCCAAAUUUAAUAGGCUUAGAAAAAUGAGAAAAAUGAAAACAUUUCUCACUUUUUUUUAAUCUUCCAUUCUGGUCCUUUUAUUGAUUCUUCCCUUAAGGAGUCAAAUUAGAAGUCUUUAGUCAAAAUAGUUCAGUAUGUCUACAUCACGCACUAAUCUCCUUUGUUAUAAUGGGAUGCUAAUCUUUUUAGAAAUUAUCUUUUUCUCUUUUUUUUUUUUUUUUGUAGAGACAGAGUUUCACUUUAUGGCCCUCGGUAGAGUGCCGUGGCGUCACACAGCUAAUAGCAACCUCCAACUCCUGGGCUUAGGCGAUUCUCUUGCCUCAGCCUCCCGAGCAGCUGGGACUACAGGCGCCCGCCACAACGCCCGGCUAUUUUUUUGUUGCAGUUUGGCCGGGGCCAGGUUUGAACCCACCACCCUCGGUAUAUGGGGCCGGCGCUUUACCGACUGAGCCACAGGCGCCACCCCUUUUCUCCCUUUCUUUCUCUCCCUCUUCCUUUCUUUCCUUCCUUCCUGUCUGUCUUUCUUUCCUAUCUUUCUCCCUCCCCUCCCCUCCUUUCCGUCUUCCAUGUCUUUCUUGUCUGUCUUUCUCUCUCACCCAGGCUGAAGUGAAGUGGUGCCAUCACAGCUCACUGCAACCUUGAACUGGGCUCAAGCAAUUCUCCCACCUCAGCCUCUCAAGUAGCUAGGACUAUAGGUGUACACCACACCUGGCUAAUUAAAAAAAAUUUUUUUUACAGAGAUAGUGUCUUGUGAUGUUGCCCAGGCUACUCUGAAACUCUUGACUGCAAGUGAUCCUCCUGCCUUGGCUUCUCAAAGUGCUGGAGUUACAGGCAUGAGUCACCGUCCCAAGCCUCUUUUUUUCUUAAUGAUAGCUACUGUAUUGAAGAUCCACUGUAUGCCAGGCACAGUGUUAGAUUCUUUAAAUAACUGAGAUGUGCUAUAGCUGUGGUCCCCAAAUUUGUGUGUUGAAGUACUAAUCCCCAGAACCUUAGAGACGUGCACAGAUUUAAGAAUAGGGCUUUUGAAGAGGUAAUUAAGGUAAAUGAGAUCAUGUGGGUGACCCCUAAUGAAAUAUGACCGCUAUCCUUCUAAGAAGAGAUUAGGAUACAGAGACAACAGAAGGACAACCAUGUGAAGACAGAGGAUUUAAGAAACCAAACUUGCCAAUACCUUGAUGUUGUACUUCUCCCCAGAACUGUGAGAAAAUAAAUUUCUGUUGUUUAUGCUA